UGUAAAAUAACAACCAAAUAUCGAACUCAACUCGUCUCAGUGAUUGUUGAAAUGAAUUAAUGAGUUUUAUCCAUCUUAAUUGAUGUAAUGCUUAACGCUCAGUUAAUUCUAUGUAUAUUUCUUCAGCAACCAUGUAUCGCCAGUGCAAAGGGGAACAGAAGUCAGCUGUAACUAAGACAAAUGGUGAUAUAUUUUGGAUCAUAGAUUGGAAAAUAAACUGCAGUAUCUAUAGAUUCAAAUAGCAUUUUAAAUUACCUGUCUUUUCUGUUAGACGUUCUUAAAUGCCAUUACUUGGCCAGGUGUACCACAAAGUCAUUCUGAACAUGCAGCACUUAUAAAAGUGCAGCUAAUGACAUGGAGUGUUGGAUAGGCCAUUAUUAGACAGCUCUAAGAAAUUGGAUGAUCUUAGGAGUGUUUAAAGAUUCUCUCUUUUUGCUUUUUCUCAUUAAAACUUUUCUAACAUGGACUUUUUUUGACCAUGUUUGUACCAAAUUAUAUAUUUGUUGAAAUGUGAUUGAUUCCAGUCCAGUUAGAGUGAUUAGAAAAACUUUUAGAUUCUUCCCCAAUAGUGUUAUAAACCUCAUCUGGACUUCAGCCCCAUGUGCAAUGUUGAAGUGAUUGAAUUCAUGCAAUGAUAUGUGGGUUUAUCACACAUAGAUAAGUGCAGGGGUGGUGUCUGUUUUGUGAUGUGAACCAGAGACCAAAGUCCAGGUGCAAGUGGGCAGGGGAGAACGAUAUUUACUGGACUCCCAAUCUGAACUCUGCAAUCAUGUUUGCACUCAGGUGGAAGAAGAUUUGGGAAUAACAUUUCUUCGCUGUAUUUCUUAAUUAUAAGGAAGCAUUCUUAUUUUUAGACAGUUCAAGUAGAGUUUCAUUUGAGAAUCCUGAAAGAAGUUUCUAAAUCUUCUAACUGGCUAAAACAACAAGCUUAGCCUAUUUGUCAAAGAGUGAAGGAUGAAGUGGAGAUGCUGGCUGCUGGCAGUGGCUACAGUGCUGCUCCUCUGUGCAGCUAGAGCUGACAUGGAAAACCUCCAAGCUGAGAAUCUUAAUCUUCUUCCCAUAGAUGAACACCACAAGGUCUUGAACCGUGGGAUGAAAGUGUUGCCCAGAGACUGCUAUGAAAUGCUCAUGGCAUCUUCAGGAACAGCCAGAGAUGGGGUGUACCUGAUCAAACCACAUGACUCCCCAGUUGUGGCCUAUUGUGCCAUGCAGGACGGAGGCUGGACCGUGGUUCAGCAUAUCACUGUCAACAGCAGUGUGGAUUUUGAUCGCACCUGGGAUGAGUACAAGAAUGGCUUUGGAGAUGUCACAGGAGAUCACUGGCUUGGGAACGAGUACAUCUAUGAGCUCACUCGAGGCCCUGCCCGCUAUAAACUGGGAGUGAAACUCGUAGACAGAGAUGCUGUCACCAAGACUGGAGAGUAUGACCCCUUUCAAGUCGAGGAUGAAUCAACAGGCUACAGGUUGAGGCUGGGGUUAUUCCAGGGUACAGCUGUGGAUGCUCUGACCCUAGACACAGAAAAUUACCUUCACGACAACCAGAAGUUUACGACUAAAGACAGAGACAAUGAUAAUUAUUUCCAAAACUGUGCCAAGCUGGAGUUUCAAGGUGUGCCAGGAGGGGGUUGGUGGUAUGAUGCUUGUGCUGGUGCAAAUUUGAAUCGCAGGAAUGUUAUUUACUGGCAAAAGGACUGCAACAAGGAGAAACUGUGCAAGUAUGCAUGGAUGAUGGUGAGACCUUCAGAAACAGUUAAAGUGAUUCACAGUGGACACUGCAAGAAUGAUGAGCUCUAAAGACAUUCUCAGAAUUUGCAUCAAAUUUGAGUCUAUAAGUAACAACACAGAUAGUGACAAAUGUGCCUUUGUUGAUAAUAGGCACUGACAUGAAUAUUUAUUUCCUCACAUUUUAUUAAGAAAUACCUUUAACAACAACAAAAUACUGUAAGGAACCAGAAUAUUUUUCACAAACUUGAAGCACAAUAAAAAAAACUAACAAAAAAAAACCUUCUGUACAGUGUAAGCAUAACAUUUUUCUCCAGUUCACAUCCAUAUGUAUUGUCAGAGCAAAGGAUAACAGUAAUUUCCAAAAUUGUAGAAAAUUAAUUGUUUAAGAUAAUAGCUUAUACUUUAAGAAAAUAAACUCAGUAAAAAAAAAUCCUCACAGUAUGUUACAGGUUGGCCA